AUGCUUUCCACCGUCGCAAUCUCUGCUCUUCUUGUCGCCGCCUCCGCUGCACCUUCUCUUGCGCUCCCCGUUGUCCCCACGAGUGGUCGAGAGGCAGUCAACUGGAAGGAUGUCGGGGGUGGUAUUGUAAAGACCCCGUUCCACUUCGAACACCCUUACGUGGCUCGCGCUGACGGCGAGGCAUUGAGGAUUGGAAGACCGUUCGAGGUCAACAAAUUGCCUGUCCAUUUCCCGACCUUCGUCUCUAGCCACGCUGCCCGAGAUAGCCAGUUCAUGGCACGCGCAGAACCUACGGACAGGGAGGCUUCUUAUGUCAACCGCGUCGCGCGCGACACUGGAAGCGCUAUUCUGAACUUCCUCCGUGAGGAGGACCCGAUCAUGGCUCGCGCGUUUGAGGACGAGCUGAUGGCGCGUGCAGAGCUUGCGGGUAGCGAGGGGGUGACAGAUACAGCCUUUGCCAGACGUUCUGGCAAAGCGACCACUCCACCGACUUCGCCUACCACGGCGAUACCUCAGGCUGUCAGUAUUUCCUGGACGGGCCCUGCAAAUGCUGAAGUAGCGGCGAUGCACGCAGCGGAUUUUGGCGGUGAAGACCCCAAAAAAUGGCACGAGGACAAAGUGCAUGCUUUUGUCAGUGCCAAUACCGCAAGUUUACCAGGUGUAACUAAAGCGAGGAUUCGCAAGGCCGCACACACCGGGGGAACCGAUCCGAACGAAAAGGAGCAUAUCACGGUGAAUUUCCUAGCUAGGAAUAAAAUCAUCAACUCUCCGCAAGGAGGAGCUUGGCAUGUCUAUACGGGACGAUGA